UUAUUAUGUGUAAGGGGUUUCCUAAUUAUUGACAUAGUCUACUUUUCUCAUGUGUUCAGUAAUGUGAACUGUUGCCCAACUAACAGCUCCUUGUUUUUUAGUUCUGGCUUAAGCCUUGAAGAUUCACAGAAACUGACGGCUUUCCCCACUGAUUCCAAAGUCAAGAAAACCCCAACUGAGCAACCAAAAUCCAUACUUCCUUCAGAGGCCUCUCCGGUCAGAAUCAUCCCAGUAGUUCCUCAGUCAGGGUGUAAAGAAGAAGUAGUGCAAAUAUCAUCACCAUUUAGAAAAGAAGAAAGCCAAGAUGAGACAUGGCCAAAAUCUAGAACGCCAGAACCCGUCCUUGCAUCGGCCAGCAAUACAAAGGAGCUUAUCGCAUUGAAGCCCAUCAAGUGCCCUAAGGAUGAGGGUCUCUUAGAGCAGAAGCCAGUUGCCUGUGCUGAACAGGAGUCUGAGAAAGAAAAUCAUGUCACCACAACUUCUAAUGAUAACAAAAAUGAGAACCAAGAAGUGUUAGCUGUAUCCCCAAGCAAAUCUAAAAAUGCAGGGUUAGAAAAAACCGUAACAAAGGCUGUUGCAGAAGCCUGUCCACUGGACCCUGAAACAAAGCUGCCUCCAGCAACUCUUACUGAUCAGAUCCCAGAAAGUCUCAAGAGGAAAUCUUCUCUUGCCCAAGAAGAGGCCACUAGCAGCUGGGAGAAAAGACCACGAAUCACUGAGAAUCACCAGCACCAGCAGCCAUUUCAGGUCUCUUCACAGCCCUUUCUUAAUAGAGGGGACAGGGUCCAAGUGCGAAAAGUCCCACCUCUCAAGAUCCCGGUCUCCAGAAUCUCCCCGAUGCUGUUUUCUACAUCACAGGUCUCUCCCAGGGCUCGUUUUCCAAUCUCCAUCACUAGUCCUUACAGAACAGGAGCCAGAACUCUGGCAGACAUCAAAGCAAAAGCCCAGCUGGUCAAAGCACAGAGGGCAGCAGCCGCAGCAGCUGCUGCAGCUGCUGCAGCCGCCUCAGUUGGAGGGACCAUUCCAGGACCUGGCCCUGGGGGUGGACAAAGUCCAGGAGAGGGUGGUGAAAGGAAAACUGCUGGAGGGGGGAGUCCAGGCUCAGACAGAGUCAGUACAACUGGAAAGGGUCCCACACUGGAACUGGCAGGAACUGGAAGCAGGGGAGGUAAGGGAGAGCUUGUACCCUGUGGUCCCCAACCUGAGACCAAUACACCAGGCCAAGCACAGCCUCCUUGUGUCUCUGGAGCACAACUACAGCAAACCUCCUCAGUGCCUGCAGCACUUGCCAUCAGUGGAUCGUGCACAAGUGUCCCAUUACCAGCCCACAUAGAGAUACUGAACAGUGAAAAACUGAACCCCCACAAGGCAACAGCCAUAGCGGCCUCUCCUUGCCACCCACAAGAACUUAGUAGUUGCAGAAAGGAAAACGCUCCUUCUCCAGCAGGGCCUGCCCUGAUCUCAGGAGCCCCACCUGCUUGUUUUGUAGCUGAUGGCACAGUUGAGCCCAAAGCAGGUUCUAAUAAGAAUGCACCAAAGCCUUCAGCCUUGACCAAGACAACUGCUUCUGCUCCACCAGAUGUGACUUCCUCCCCUGUAAUAUCUUUAUUGACAACAACCAGUUUGGAAAAACUCCCUGUACCCCAGACGAGUGGAGCUGCAACGUCUGCUGGGUCAGCUCCAUCCUCAAGCACUUUGCCAGUAGCUUCUAGCCUUAAAACUCCAGGAACUUCUGCAAAUAUGAAUGGACCCAUUUCAAGACCAACUUCUAGUAUCCCUGCUAAUAAUCCUUUAGUUACUCAGCUCCUCCAGGGCAAAGAUGUUCCCAUGGAGCAAAUUCUGCCUAAACCUCUCACCAAAGUUGAAAUGAAAACAGUUCCACUGACUACAAAAGAGGAAAAGGGAAUAGCAUUCCCUGGUACCAAUGUAAUGGAAAGUGGCACCAGAGAGGAAGUUAAUGGCAGGCAGGCCCAUCUGGCUAUCCAGCAGCUGGGGAAACCCUUGCAGAGCAAGCAGCUUUCCCAGGGUCCAAGGCCAGUCUUCACAGCUAAGGAGCGGAGGGACUCUUGCAUUGACUCUCAACAGUACCAAGAAGGACUAAGUAAGACAACACAAGAUCAGCUUUUUCAGACCCUCAUCCAGAGGGCACAGAGACAGAGUGUGCUUUCAUUUGGGCCCCCCUCUCAGUUCAGCUUUGCUCACUCAGGUUUCCCCUUGGAAGACAUCUCCACAAGCCAGAAGUUCAUGCUGGGUUUUGCUGGCAGAAGGACAUCCAAGCCUGCAAUGGCAGGUCACUAUUUACUUAAUAUUUCCACCUAUGGCCGGGGUUCAGAAAGCAUUAGGAGGACCCAUUCUAUAAAUCCUGAGGAACGAUUUUGUCUAAGUAGCCCCACCGAAGCCUCAAGAAUGGGAUACACAGAUUGUAAAAACACAACUGGAGAAAGCAGCAGCAGCAAAGAAGAUGAAACUGAUGAAGAGAGUGUCGGUGAGGAGCAGGAGCCUGUGUCGGUGAAAGAGGAGCCCUGGGCUUCUCAGAGUUCUGGCAAGUGUCCCCAUGGUAGAGAGACUCCAUCCAUCCAUGAUUGUUUAGCUAGCAAGAGUGGUAAGACUGAGGCACCAGUGAGUGAGCAAACCACUUUAGGCAAGGAGAAUUAUAUAUUCUCUAGAGGCCAAACAUUUGAUGAAAAGACCCUAGCCAGAGAUUUUAUUCAGGCAGCACAUAAACAAAUGACUCCUUCUCUGAGAGGUAAGACAGUAUGUAGCAGCCCUGAGCUUUUCAAUUCUACUGCCCUUUCUCUCCCUGCAGACAGUCCCACACAUCAGCCUCUCCUUCCACCACUGCAAACCCCCAAAUUGUAUGGGAGCCCCACACAGAUAGGGCCAAGCUAUAGGGGCAUGAUCAAUGUCUCCACCUCAUCAGACAUGGACCAUAACUCUGCUGUACCAGGUAGCCAGGUAUCUAGCAAUGUAGGGGAUGUCAUGUCGUUUUCUGUGACUGUCACUACCAUUCCUGCUAGCCAAGCUAUGAAUCCCAGCAGCCAUGGCCAGACAAUUCCUGUUCAGGCUUUUCCUGAUGAGAACAGCAUUGAGGACACUCCUUCAAAAUGUUAUUGCCGGUUGAAAGCCAUGAUCAUGUGCAAAGGAUGUGGAGCUUUCUGCCAUGAUGAUUGCAUUGGCCCCUCCAAACUGUGUGUCUCCUGCCUCGUCGUUCGGUAAUAAAACUACAAUAUAUGUAAAGAGGGAAGGGUAGGCUUAACAAGACGUGUUCUUGCACCCUUUUGAAAUCACAGAAAUAAAGUUUCAGUUGUCUCAAGAGACGUUAAUCAGGAAUAUAGAGUGCAGGUCUUCACGUUUACAGGAAGAGCACCUUGUAUAGUAAGUCUGAGUCGAAUAGGACUGAAUUGGUGACAAGUUUGCACUUAAAAAUCAUGUAAAUAUGUCACGGUUUGUUUUAACAUUUUUUUCCAUGUAUUUAGAUAAUGAUGUGUUAACUUUACAUUCAGAUUUAUGUUCCAUUUCUUUUGAAUCUGAGAAAAGUUGAAUGGUAUGCAUGGUGAAAGGAAGCUGUCUGCCUCUGACCCCGAGCUAGGAAAAGGAAGGAGUGGUCAGGAAGUGACCAUCAUGCUGAUUAUGUCUUCACAGACUGGCUGCAGGCUCUUCAUAGAGAAGAUGGUCUUUGUGGGAUUUAGAUUCAAGGGUUUACUCAGCCCUUUAUUUUAGGUGGAACCAUUUUCAGUGGAAUUUUUAGAAAGGUAUUAACAAUCCCAGACAAUGUGUUUGACCCUGACAGUCUUGGCUUAGCUUUUUGCUUUCAUAAAUCAAGCUCUGUCAAGCAGAGCUCUGCUGUUGCCCAGACAAUGAAUGUUAUUUAAGAAGGGUCUGUCUGCCUCUGAAGGACUCCUAUGUUAGUCUAGUAUAUACAUGGCAAUAGUUCCAGCAAUAAUAAGUAAUAUGUCCCAGUGCUGCAUCUUUCAUGGGCUCCCACAAACAGAUCUGAAAUACCAAUGAAAAGUAAAAUGAGCAGCCACAUUAGUGAUUGGGGUGGGUGUGUAUGUAUGUAUGUACUGUGUCUUGAUGGAAACUGAAGAAACUGAAACUUCAAGAAAUUUGGAAGAAUGAUUUUAACACUGGACACAAAAUACUCUUCCUAUUCUCUCAAACCAUUUUAGACAGAAAAGGUCCUUAGUACUUCUGUUCUGCUUUGCCAUCACAAGCAUGAGAGAUGGAUGCGGUGAUCUCACGCCAUCUUAACACGUUUUACCCACACACAGUACAAGAAGACAGUUCACUAUUUUAGUAGUGUAUCUUUUCUAGAAUUUCUGCUCUCCGCAUAGCCAGGAUGCCUGAGGUAAUUUUGCUGUUUUGGUUUGGUUCUUAAAAUCCUUCUCCCAGCAUUCCGGAGGCAGAAGCAGACCAAUCUCUUGAGUUCAAGGCUAGUCUGAUCAUUAUGAUGAGUUCUGGGACAGCCAGAGCUAUCUAAAGAAACCCUCUCUCCAAAAAUCUAAAGAAAGAGGUCUCUGUUAAAAACCAAAAAACUUUAAGUUGGUGGAGAUGGUGACACACUUUUAAUCACAGCACUUAGGAAGGCAGAAACAGGUAGAUCUCAGUAGUUCAAGGUCAGUAUGGUUUACAUAGCAAGUUCCAGGGAACACAGUAAGACACUGUCUUUUAAAACAAAAAGCUAUUUGCAGAUUUUAAGCAAAUACUAUUGAAGUCACAGUUAAAGACAGUUUAAGAAAAAUGUCAGUUGUUUGAUUUCAAGUCUCCUAAUUUGAAGUGUGUGAUGUAUAUUGCAACCCAGUACAGGUGUGUUUCAAAAGCUAUUUAUAAAACUCAGGACAAUUUAACCCUGUUAAUUGUAUCACAUUCCAGAUCGGGGAAAGGAGACAGUAUUGUGUUUUGCUUGCCUUGGGAUACUCACCCUUGGCUAUCCUACUUGCAUGAAAUACUUGGAGUGCCUCCUCAGUCCCUGCUCCAGACUAAGAAACUCACUUUUUAUUUUUCUUUCCUGCUCUUUGGCCCUAAGUGAUUACGGGCUUAAAAUCUGUGUUUUAGUACCAGUCAAGACAGUUUGCUAUCCUUCCAUAUUCCCUCUUUAUUCCAGUAAAUGCAAAGCUAAGAGAAAAGAAAGGCUGCAAGGAUUCAGAGUUAAUAAGUGUGUUUGUUCUGAAGUGAAGGACCAGUAGGGAAUAGAAGCCAGGGUUCUCCCAAGCCUUCAGGAUCGUGGGUAGUCCCCAUGGGACCUUACAAGACCUGUAUCUGAGUAGUCUUCUUGUCUAGUCAGCUGGAAGAGGGUGAAUGGUCCAGAAUGGACCUCCUGCUGUCAGUGGCUAGUUCGUAUUGGUGAAAGUUAUUUUUCUGCGUUCCACCUUGCUUACUAAAAAGGUUUCAUGGUUUCCUUAAUCUGAGAAUGGAUGGACAGUGAAAAGGCAUUUGGUUCCAUUUAAAGAGGAAACCACAUCGUUCCUCUUCUUGAUCCAAACUCAGGCCUUAUAGGUCCUGAGUAUCACUCUUCACCAAAUUCCACUAAGUACCACCAGCUAAUUUGCACUCAAGAGUAUUCCAGAAUCAGAACUUACCAGCUAGGUACACUGCCUCAGACUUGACAAGAAGAAAUUUUUUUUCUUAGAUUGAAAAUAUAUUAAAUAAGAAUCCAUUUAAUCUGUUUUAAAACAUGGUUUUAGAAGAGGAGCAUUCAUCUUAUAAAUGAAAAGCAAAACAAAACAAUAGUCUGGUUCCUUAGUUGGGUUCGGCACUCCAGUACCAAUUGACACAAUUGUAUUAUAGCUUUUCAGUUACUUCGCCUUUAAAUCCAAAAAUGGUUCAAGAAGUGCUAAGCUUAUUGUUUGGGUUUUAGGUGGCAAUUUUUGGUGAGGUUUUUAACAUAUGAGGUUUUAACACACGCCAGUGUGCCCCUCCACGUCUGCACAUCAGCCCUGGGAGAAUAUUCACAGUGUGUCAUCUCGGUAUGAUUAAGUGUUCUGAGUUGCCGACGCACAACACUCCCUGAAUCAAAGUUCUGUUUUUUAUCAUCCUUUAUCCCAUUCAUUUAGCAGGGGGUGGGGCACACCUAACCUGAAGCUGUUUGCCCUACUUUGGUUCUUUAACCUUUGUGCUUAAGAGACUGAAGCUGUCUUUGGUGUUCAGUGACAUUUCUUUAAGAGUGGAAGCUGGCAAAUGAGGGAGCUUUUCUUGGGAUGGGAAAGCUGUACUUUGGUGGUUAUAGAUUUGGGGAUAUUUGAGACACUCUCAGAUGUAAAUUAGUAGCUAAAGGAAGACUUCACUGCCUUCCAGGUUGAAAGUAGGAGGUCCCACGUAGAUAGGCCCAUCAGUUACUAUUCUAAUUGCUCCGUACUGCUUUCCUCCACUUGAGAAAAUCUUAAUGUGCUCUUCGGUUAAAUGGUUCAUUAGAAUGAGGGAUUUCGUCAUUAUAGUUCUAUUUAUUUUAGAGCUCAUUGUCAGCCGUGUCAGAAUUGUUUUCUCUCUGACUUCACAUCCUAACAGGAAAGUUUCCCAUUGCAUAACAACAAUGUAUGCUAAGUGAAAAACUUGGCCAUGGGUAGUUUGCAGCUCAAUUUUUAGAAGAGUCCAAAGAGACUUUGUGAAACAUGACAGGCAGGGACCUUUUCCUAUGUGUUUCGAUACCUACAUACCUAUUGAACAAAGCAAUAGGUAGACAUUUCCUAAAGUUGAAGCAGUAGCUUCAUAGAGUCUUGGUUACUUUAUUUUUUUUAAUGCUUUACAUUUGAUACAACUAUUAAAGAUCAAUUUAAAAAUAACUUUCCAGUAAUAUAUUUUAAGUAAUAUAUAUUUUAAUAUCUAUGUAAAAAGUGACAGUGGAAGACUGAAUUUCUCAUAUGGUAUGUUUAAUGUAGGAUCUCACUGUUAAGGCACACAUUAUUUCAAAGGAGUUACUCUAAAAACACUCGGAUUAUUUCCCACAAGAAAAGAAAAUGCAAUAAUGGGAAUGAUUUGGGGCUUUUAUUUUAAAAGAGAAUUGACUUAUUUACCACAAGGUAUUUUUCCCUCUCUGAUGAUAAGGUUUGUACAGACUGGUUUGGUAAAUGCUAAAUUUUUGUGUCUUUUGCCUUUUUAAAGGAAUUGUUAACAUUGGAAUUGAGGGUAUGUACAGAGAAGUUGGUGUAGACGCCAUUUAAUAAGUCAUAUUUUUUCACAAAUAAGGAAAAAUCAUUUUAAUAAGAAUUUUAAGUAUUUGCAAUAAAUAUAUGUAUAUAGAUUGUAUGUAUUCAUAUAUUAUUUUUCAUUUUAUUAUUAAGUAAAAGAUAAUUAAAAGUGAAAUUUAAAACCUUGUAGUUUUUGAUGAAUCUUGAGGUCUGACAUCUGAAUGUGACAUGGGGAAGGGUCCUCAAAUAGUUGCCUUAUACAGUUAUGGAAAGGUCCACCACAGACUGGGAAAGAGUGCACUGAGGAACUUGGCCAUAAGUCAGGGUAGUGUGUUUCAGAAUGUAUGUAAAAAUAUUAAAACUUCAUAGCUUAUCUAUUUUGUGUUUUCGCCCUCAUCUGUUCUUUCUCCUAACCACCUAAUGACACUGGGAGAGCGAGGAAAACAAUAGUCUCCUGUAGUGUGCCUGUGGCAUCCUCUAAUACUAAGGAAGGUAAGGCAGUGUGUUAGGGGAACAGGCUUUUCUGGAUAGUGGUUGAUUUAUACCAAGCCCUGGGGAUGUUGAAGAACUAGCCUCUUAAAGAUACAGAAGACUUGUUUUCUCUCAGUCAUUCUCUGGGGUGAGCUGCUUAGCCAA